ACAAUGACUGAAAAUAAUAAUAUUGAAUUAGUGCUAAAGCAACAGAAUGUGAUUGAUUCAUGUUCAGAAUGUCCAAUUAUCACUUAUGAGAUUGUGAAAAAAUUGGGUUUCGAAAAAGAUAAAA